UCUCCUCCUCUAAUUUCACUCAUCUUUCUUCUUUUGUUUUUCUCUCUAUAGAUCUAUAGAAGAUUCAUUUGAUUAUGAAACAAAUAGCCUUGGGAUUCAUAUAUAUAUAUAUAUACACACACAUCAGCUUCUCUUCUUCUGAUCUGUUCAUCUUUUUUUUAAAAAAAAAAAAAAUUCAAAUCCGGUGAAACAUGUGUUGAUCUGUUCAGAUAAAACGAUUACUACUUGUUUUGGUUAUGGCAAAAAUGCAAGGAGGAUUGAAGCAAAUACUGUCUCAUGGAAGUGUGUUGAAAAGUGCUGUUUUACGACAUGUCCAAUUGGGGUCGGGAUGGAGGCAGCUUAUGUUUGUGCGCCAGGAAACAACUUCAACUGCUCGUAUAGAAGAACAUGGUUUUGAAAGCACAAAAAUAUCUGACAUUUUGAAGGGCAAAGGUAAAGGUGCUGAUGGCUCCUGGCUCUGGUGCACUACAGAUGACACUGUUUAUGAUGCUGUCAAAUCGAUGACACACCACAAUGUAGGAGCCUUGGUCGUUGUCAAAUCUGGGGAAAAUAAGUCUAUUGCUGGCAUUAUUACAGAGAGGGAUUAUCUUCGGAAAAUCAUAGUACAGGGAAGAUCAUCCAAAUCAACAAAGGUCGGGGACAUCAUGACGGAGGAGAACAAGCUUAUCACUGUCACACCUGAAACCAAAGUUCUGAAAGCAAUGCAACUGAUGACAGAUAAUCGAAUCAGGCACAUUCCAGUUAUCGAUCAGACAGGUAUGAUAGGGAUGGUGUCCAUUGGAGAUGUUGUCCGUGCUGUUGUGUGUGAGCACAGGGAAGAGCUGAAACGGUUGAAUGCCUUCAUACAAGGAGGUUACUAGAUAGAUGAUGAUGAUGACGACGACAACAAAUAAAUAGAUGAUAUACUGCAAGGUUUCUGCUUUGCAGUUUAAAGAUGUCUGAAUUGGGGAAGACCUCGAUCUGGAUCUUGUAAAUGUUGACAUCCUUACAUCUUCUCUAGCUUGAUGUUUGUUUGCCCAUGGGAGAUGGGACCUUUUCAUUUUGGGAUCAAUGAGAUACACUACUGUUUUUAAACUAUUUGGUUUGCUUGCAAUUGGCCAAUCAGUUUCUUUAACCAA